AUGACUUAGACUACGGUACUCGCUCGCCUCGCGUGGACGCUCACCGGCUCGUUCUCUCUUAUACUUGCUCUACUGGUGCUCUCAUUGUGUCCUCUACCUGCUGUUCAGCGGACAUCGGCGGUGUUCGUCCUUCAAAGGCUUAAGGCACGCCAGCUGCUCUCGCAUUGGUCCCAGGCGGCUUAAUAUGCUACACUUCUUCUGUAUUACAUAUGCAUCUCGUUCUGUGUGCAAGGCGUCGCACCCCAUUUUCGCAUGCGCCCACGCCUGCACGGCGAUUUCUUUCGCAUCACAGCAUUACCCGUCCUUAUCGUGAACAAGGAUGGCCGGCGCACCGGCUAUAUGACCCACUGGAAGGACAAGGAUUCAAUUUGCGAGACGAUGCGCUUCUCAUCCGUGGGCUAUGGGCUCUGCCUGUAGCUGAGUUGGUCCUCUGCACCUCUCCGAAAUGCCCUCAUGCGCAACAGGAGCAUCGUUCUCAGCCGCGCCCCCGGGCCCGGCACAGUCGCACAGCUCUGAAUCCGCACACCCUAUCACGAGCUUCAAAAGUACAUCAUGUCCCCGCGCCCUCAUCUUUGUCUCACGUGCUUCACCUCCUCCACGACGCCAUUCUACGAGGAUCCACUGCCUGCCGAGCCUUGGCACGGCCUGGUGGAUCGUUUUCGGCGACUACACGCAGCGCCGCCUCGUCACCGCCGCGAGCCAGCCCGACGCAUGCGGCGCAAUCGGAAUCCUACCGGCGGAGUACCCUGCGUAUAUCUUGCACCAAAUCCUGCUCAGUGCUCACCGGCACGCUGCAGUGGAAACGUUCCUCGAGCGCGAAAGUUUCACCUCCCACGGGGUACAGCAUGCGGUUGCAAUGGCAUUUUCCCGGAUUCCGAUCUGGGCGCCGCGCAUAGAUCAUCCGAAUACGAUUAGCUUUGUGUUCUGCCCCGUCUCUCACGCUCUGUGCUUGCUAGUCGGGCGUCUUGUCAUAGGUUCCCGCGGAAAGUCGUCCGGCCAUAGCCCUCCGUGUACAGCCUUCUCCUUGACAAUGCAUGUUCCUUGUGCUUCC